UCUGAAAAAUGGAAUAUAUGAAAUAUAUGAAAUAGGAUCCGCGCGAGAGAGACUAUAAACAAACACACAGAGGAUACCAUGGAAUUACUUGACUUGGGAAACACGAGAGAUUUUGAUAAUAUGAUCAAAUUCAACUAUACAGCUCGAAAUAUUCAUUGGAGUUGUUGUCAAGCGACUGGCUGAGAGCUAAAUGAGAGUGAAAGUCCCUACUAUGGCACCAUUUACCUCUGACCGUCAUCAUCCGCUGGAUAACUGGUGGUUACCACAGGCAGCUUUGUACUUUCCAUCUGUAAAAAAGCCCGAGUUGUCAUCCAACAUGCCAAGAAGAAGUGAAAGCUGUUCCGUCAACCUGUACAGGGCAAUGUCCAUCCAUCCCAUGUUACUGACAGUCAGUUUUUGUCUAUACGAAGCCCUGAGAAAAGUUAUCCAUCGCUGUGUGAGUGUUGCAGAGUUGCUCAAUAUGAUUUUUUUCUUGUGUGCUGAAGAAACAAUGCUCAUGAUGGGCAAGUCAAAGAAAAUAGCUAUGAAGGCCCAGGAGAGGCCUGGACUAGAGACUCAAAACAGCGAAAUGACAGAAACCGGUGUCAAUAACUGUCCGGAAAAGGUCACAAUGAGCACUACUGAUGUGUUUAAACCUGACCAGUCAGAAAUGGAUAGAGAAGUCAUGCUUUUAGACUGGCUUGAAUGGGAAUCAGAUGAAGAGCAGGAUGAAAGUGAUAAUGGUAGUAACAAGAAUGAUGAUGGCAUGAAGGAACAGCUUCAGCAAGAGGACGAUUGGGAAACAGGAUGGAACGGGGAGGAGGAUUCUGACUGGUCAGAUGACGAACAAGAUUCAGAGGCAUCAGCAGAGAGUGCUGCGUUAUGGGAGUCUUUCUUUAACAACAGCAAUCCCUACAAUCCACUUUACUUCUCCUGCCCCUCUGGAGUCAAAGCAAAGGUUUCAGAUGGUCAACAGAACCACACACCAUCAAAGCUCACGGCUGGUGGGGGUGAGAAGCCAGUGUCUGGAGAGGAGCACAGAAAUAAAUGCAACACACAUGAAGGAACAAAGAAGGUGCGUUUUAAUGACGAGGUGACAGUGCAUCACCUGGUGGACUGGAGCAUUGCCAGUCAGGAAGCGAGAGAUGGAUCGUGCUGGAUGGAGCAGGCUCGAGACAGGGAGCGUUUCAGAAGGAGAACAGAGAAAGCUGGAGAAAGCAUCAGUCCCUGUCUCACAGCUCAGCACAGGGCCAGAGUGUAUGGCAGAUUGCAGACAGCAUAUUAGCUACAGCACUCCAAAAUUCCCCCAUCCUAAUGGUGUAUUCUAUGGUGCUUUACAAUUUACCUCAAAGUUGUUACACAGCAAUAAUCACUUUGCACUGGGUUUAGUUACUUUUACUUGCAUACAUUGCUGUAUGUUUUGUGGUUUCACUAAUUUAUUGGUUAUUUAUUGUUUUGAUGUGAACAUGUUUGUGUUAUAUACUAUAUGUGAUUACUAAAUAUAAAUGUGUGUAUAAAUAAA